UGUGUGUGUGUGUGUAUGCAAGCGCUGCAGUGUGUGUGUGUGUGUGUGACGCAUGCUCCGCUGAACUCCCCUCCCCCUCUGCUCAUCUGCUCCGCAGCCUCGUCGAAACACUCAGACAAACACACGGCCGGAGAGACGAGAAUACUGAGAUACAGGCGAGACAAAGAUGAGAGACAUGAAACCGCAGCCGAUAUUGACUCUAGCAUGAACCAUGACAGACUGGAGCGAGAGAUAGACAGCUAGAGGAGAAGGGGAGGGGUGAACGCAGACAGACAGAGAGAGAGAGAGACAGGAGGGAUAUGGCCCUCUUACACGUCUCUGCAGUCAAGCUGCACACCCUGGACUGAAGACUAUGCUGGAUAAAAGCGAAGUGUCUACUCUCAGUCUACCGCCCUCCGUGAGCCAUGGCGGGUCAGACGGGAACAUCAGCGUGGAGGCAGGGUUAGACGGGGCAGGCGGCGAGGUCCAGAGAACACGAGCGGCGCUGGAACACCUGCAGCAGAAGAUCCUGAAGAUCACCGAACAGAUCCGCGUGGAACAGGAGGCCCGUGACGAUAAUGUGGCCGAGUAUCUCAAACUGGCCCACAAUGCGGACAAACAGCAGGCGUUGCGCAUUAAACACGUGUUUGAGAAGAAGAACCAGAAGUCUGCGCAGAUUAUUGCACACUUGCACAAGAAGCUCGAGCACUACCACAAGAAACUCAAAGAGAUCGAGCAGAAUGGUCCUGCGCGACAGCCCAAAGACGUCUUGAGGGACAUGCAGCAGGGGCUGAAGGACGUACGUGCCAAUAUGCGAGCGGGAAUCAGUGGUUUUGGAGGGGGCGUGGUGAAAGAAGUCAAGGGUGGAGUCUCUGCACUCACGCACACCGCCGUCGUCUCGAAACCCCGAGAGUUCGCCAGUCUCAUCCGCAACAAGUUUGGCAGCGCUGACAACAUCGCCCACCUGAAGGACACCCUGGAGGAUGGGCACACGGAGGAGACGCCCAGAGCUCUGAGUGGCAGCGCCACGCUGGUCUCCAGCCCCAAAUACGGCAGCGACGACGAGUGCUCCAGCGCAACUUCCGGCUCGGCGGGUGGAAGCAACUCCGGCGGGGCAGGAGCAGCAAUGGGCAGCCCGCGACUGGACGGACAUCACCACCACCAUCAUCACCACCACUCCUCGUCUUCCUCUUGGGAUGCCCUGCUGGAAGGCCUGCAGGAGAUCAAAGUCGGUCAGGUGCAUAUGGAGGACGCCAUCGAGGACAUGAAAGCGCAGCUGCAAAGCGACUACAGCUACAUGACCCAGUGCUUGCAGGAGGAGCGAUACAGGUGUGAACGUCUAGAGGAGCAGUUGAAUGAUUUAACAGAGCUGCAUCAAAAUGAGAUUAUCAACUUGAAGCAGGAGCUGGCCAGCAUGGAGGAGAAAGUGGCGUACCAGUCGUACGAGAGAGCGCGAGACAUCCAGGAAGCAGUAGAGUCCUGCCUCACCCGCAUUACCAAACUGGAGCUGCAGCAGCAACAGCAGCAGGUGGUGCAGCUGGAGGGCGUGGAGAACGCUAAUGCCCGAGCUCUGCUGGGAAAACUCAUCAACGAGAUUGUUAAUGAUUGA